GGAUCAGCCAGCGAGCGAGACGUACAAAGGUGGGUGGGAAGUGAACGCGAGAUCUGUUUUCCUAAGUACCGGGAUUAGGCAAGCUCAAACAGAUAUUGCAUCUUGUUUUCUCGCGCGUAAUAGUUACUCAUUCGACUGUUACACCACAUUUUCCGUUCGUUGCUGUUUUUAGGGGCUAACGACUAAGCUGCUGGGGGAAAAAAAAUGGCAAAACGUGUACAACCGACGUGGCAAGCACCGGAGGAAAAGACCGCCCCAAAGCUCUACCUGUACAACAGCUUGACGCGGCGGAAAGAACCGUUUGUUCCGCGCGAUGGUCGCAAUGUGCACUGGUACAGCUGUGGGCCUACCGUGUACGAUGCGUCCCAUAUGGGCCACGCCCGGUCCUACAUUAGCUUCGACAUUUUGCGCCGUGUGUUGACCGACUACUUCGGGUACAACGUGCUGUACGUGAUGAACAUCACCGACAUCGACGAUAAGAUCAUCAAGCGAGCGCGCCAGAACUAUCUGUACGAGCAGUACCUGCAGCAGGCGAAGGAUAUGCCGCUGGAACGGUUGCUGGACGACAGCAAGGAGGUGAUGGCAGCGUUCCGGGAGAAUGUAGGACGUACGACUGAUGCGGACAAAAAAACGAUGAUGGAUCGUAUGCUGGAGAAGCUGACAGCGGCCGUGGACAACCUGUCGCUUGCGGUGAAACAAGGAGACGAUGGGCGCAUCCGGCAGGCGCAGGACCAGUUCCUGCAGGAUUCGAAGGAUCCGUUGGCCGACCUGCUCGACAGUAAGCAGGGUUCGUCGGUGACGGAAAAUGCAAUUUUCGAAACCUUGCCCCGCUACUGGGAGGAUGCGUUCCACAGGGACAUGGCGGCCCUGAACGUGCUCCAGCCGGAUGUGCUGACACGCGUCAGCGAGUAUGUGCCGCAAAUCGUGGCGUACAUCGAGCAGAUCAUUGCAAACGGCUUGGCGUACGAAGCGAACGGGUCCGUGUACUUCGAUGUGGCCGGGUUCGAUCGACGCGAGCAGCACCAUUACGCGAAGCUGGUUCCGGAGGCUUACGGGGACGCAAAGCAGCUGCAGGAAGGCGAGGGCGACUUGAGCGUCGGUGCGGACCGGUUGACGGAGAAACGAUCGCCGAAUGAUUUUGCCCUGUGGAAGAGCAGUAAGGCGGGCGAACCGUGGUGGGAUAGUCCUUGGGGCCGUGGCCGUCCGGGUUGGCACAUCGAAUGCUCGGCGAUGGCAUCGGACAUCUGUGGCGACUAUCUGGACAUCCACACCGGUGGUGUUGAUCUGAAGUUCCCGCACCACGAUAACGAGCUGGCCCAAAGCGAGGCACACGAUGGAAGCUCCGAGUGGGUGAAGUACUUCCUGCACACCGGUCAUCUCACGAUCGCCGGCUGCAAGAUGUCGAAAUCGCUGAAGAAUUUCGUCACGAUCCAGCAGGCACUGGAGAAGCAUACGGCGACGCAGCUUCGGCUGGCGUUCUUGCUCCAUUCGUGGAAGGACACGCUCGAUUACUCGGAAAACACGAUGGAAAUGGCCGUGCAGUACGAGCGGUUCUUGAACGAGUUCUUCCUCAACGUGAAGGACCUGACGCGUCACGUACAGACGGGCCCGGCGCGGGAUGCGUUCGAUCGGUGGGGAUCGGACGAGGCGGACUUGCAGCAGAAGUUUGCCGAUGGCCGUGCGGCCAUCCACGAAGCGCUCUGUGAUAAUGUCGAUACUCGCACGGCGUUGGAUGUGAUGCGAGGACUCGUGUCCGCUUGCAACGUGUACAUUAAGGCGCAUCGAUCGUCGGGCUUUAAUGCGCUGCUGUUGCGCCGUGUCGCCAGCUACUGCACGGACCUGUUGCACAUCUUCGGCGCGAUCAAUGGUCCACGGGGAGGAAUUGGAUUCCCGAUAAGCUCUGGGGCGGCCGGCGCUGGAACGGGAAUGGCUGGAGAUCUCGAACAAACCGUUAUGCCUUACCUGCAAGCGUUGGCAGAGUUCCGGAACGCCGUCCGAGAGCAAGCCCGAGGUAUUAAAGCGACCGAAAUUCUUCAGCUCUGCGAUCAGCUUCGUGACGACGUACUGCCUGGGUUGGGCGUAAGGCUCGAGGAUCGGGAAGGUGCACCGUCCGCCCUGAAGCUAGUUCCGGCCGAGGUGUUGCUGCGCGAACGGGAAGCCAAGCGCGCAGAGGAGAACCGUAAAGCGGCUGAAAAGGAGCGGAAAAAGGCGGAAGCGGCAGCAGCCCAAGCAGCCAAAGAUGCGCUGCGUAAGAUCAAUCCGAUCGAGAUGUUCCGUAGCGAGACGGACAAGUAUUCGGCGUUUGAUGAAGCGACUGGGCUGCCGACGCACGAUACCGAGGGCAAGGAAGUAAGCAAGGGCCAGCUGAAGAAGCUGCAAAAGUUGCAGCAGGCACAGGAGAAACGCUACCAGGAAUAUCUGGCCUCGAAGGAGGCGAACUAACGUGGCGUGUGGUGUAAAGGGAGCAAAUAAAUUGCAUUUACUACGUUCGGAUGAGACGCGGAAAGGCAA